UUUACCUGUUUUUUCCUUGAUUUUAUUUCUCAAUAUGUACAAAGCGAGCUUCGCUCAACAAUUAUAAUCAAAUGAACCUGUUUAUUUAUAUUUAUAUUUUGGCAUAUGCCUGUGGUACAACGUAAUUUUACAGAGAAUCAACGUAUUUGUUAGAAUUACAACGUGGUGCAACAUAAUUUUACAACAUCAGUCUGAGCAUCUGAGACUGUCACUUGCAAUUAUUGUUAGAAACGAGCGAAUAUCGAAUGGAUCUGCGUAAUUAAUAUUCUGUAUCUACAUCUUCGGCUCUCGGCCUUUGAUUUGAUCCCUUUUUACCAUGGAAGAAAGUACAAAUUCCUGUGUCGCCGGUGCGGCCCUUGCGGACAGGCUGGAGGAUGCGGUGCUGCUGCCGCGGCCGCGGUAUCUGUAUCAGCCGUUAUUGGCCGAUGGCAGUCAAAUGAGCUACUGCAACACGGUCGCCGCCCGCAUCCGCCGCCGUGACGCCAACGUUAACGAUAUCGAUGGCGACAUUUGGUGGCUGGGCUACAUUCAGGAUAUCGACACGGACGGCGAAUGCGGGCGCGCCUUCAUCCACUUCAACGCCACAACCGCCCCCGCUCGCUGGCUGCCCAUGCAGGACGUCUGGCCACUGCCGACGUACUACGACGAGCUGCAGGGGAGAUUUGGCCGAAAUGCGCCCAUACUGGCGGCACUGCGCGAUGACGAGAAUGGGCCGUUUCGCUUCCGACCAGCCGUUAUGCUGGAGUCGUUCCAGGCUUGCAAAUGGGCUUGUGACUUUGGGUGUCAUCUGUUUUGCAUCCGAACCGACGUGUCCAGCAGCGGCAGCGGCAGCGGCAGCGGCGCUCGUCCCUGUGUGGAGGUGGUCCAUCCCAACCAGCUGGCCAGUGCAUUGCCCCCCAGCGCCAGCGCUCCAUCCUCGCCGGAGCCGGAGCGGGCCAGCGUCAGCGGUGUGCUGUACACCAAGCACUGGAUUCCCUUUGCGCGCGCCCGCGCCCGCGCCCUGCUCAGCGAACCUUCCGAUAAGUUUCGCAUCAUCAAGCAUCUGCGUGACGCUCUGCCUGGCCAGUACAGUCUGGUCGAGGAUGAACCUCUGGACGACUGCUGCCGGUUUCAUUUGCGCAUCGCAGACGAGGGCUGCACCAUCAUCGUCGUCGGACUGGCCAAGGACAAGGACGCGCAAUCGAGAUCGGCACGCUGGAUGGCCGCCAGCCUGCCCGCAGUCUUGGAGACGCAUCUGGCCAGCCGCGCCCUGCUUCCGCCGCUACAUGCACCCGCUGCAGCGCUCCACACCAGCUGCAUGGACAGUGUGCCCGUGGCCGUGGCUGUGGAAACCGAUGUGGACAUUGAUGCGGCGAUGCUGAGUGAUUUGACGCCCUGGCUGCUGAGCGACAUCUUGUCCCAUUUGGACCUGCACUCACAGAUGAGAGCCAAACGGGUGUGUGGCUUAUGGCAGUUGCUGCUGGGCCAUCCCCGGAUGCAGGAGCACGUCAGCAUCUCCUUCGAGAGCUGCUGGCAUCUGCAAGUCGACUCCGACAGCUGCUUCCGCGCGGCCUCCCUCCUCACCCGCUCCCUCAGCUCGGCGACCGUCACGCUCACCCUGUUAAGAGCCCUCGCGCCAGCAGUCAUUCCCGGCUUCCCUGCAUUUCUGCAAGCGAUACUCAGUGCCCUGGAGAUCAGUUUGCCUGUACUUGUGCUCAAAGACUACGUGGACAUGCAACGAGAUGUACUGUCAGUGACACCCUUCCACCAGGCGCAUUUUAAGCCAGCAGAUAAGAUACUGUACUACAAGGGCACUUGCGACUUCAUCUUGCUGGACAACUGGCAAGUGCGCAAUCUGUUCGGUAGGCACAUGUACGACGUCUUUGAGUUAGGUCGCAGUUAUGACGAUGUGCCCGGGCGUCCUCUGCCAGAGCAAGAACGCCAGUGGACGCGACGUCUCUCCCAGUGGCCAGUCUCGCCGGAACUGGCCGUAGACGAACUACAAAUCACCAUUCCCAAGCUGCUGCUGCCCUGCAGCGACGACAAAAUGCACACGACCAGUCGCUUCAUGUGCGCCGUCAACGAGCACUUCCCGCCGGUCACGCCGGAGAUGCUGGCAAAGGUCACGGCCGUCCACGCGCGCUGGCAGCGCACCCUCGACUACCCCGCCGACUGGGAGAGCAUUCGCUGCUACCUUCUACUGUUCAGUGGGUUUCACUCGGACGGAAGACCGAAAUGCUGGGACGAGGUCGAUCUGCGCUGUGUGGAUAUAUCCGCCUGGAGCAGAGUGGCCAUCUACGGGAUCAACGAGCUGUUCCGCGUGUGAAAGCAAACUUCCCCGUUGUGAUUACAUUCAUCCCCACACUGAUCUGAAUUCUCAUCUCGUUGGGUCGUUGGGAUUCUUGGGAAGGAUCCAGGAGCAUCCCGUGUUUAUUAGCGCCAGGAUAAAAAUACCUAUUAGCAGCAUCGAGGAUUUCCAAAUAUUAUUGUACCGGGGAAUGGGGAUGAACAGUUCAAAUCGUACGAGCAGUAUCCUCGAUCCAGCCAGAUCAGCAGUCAUGCCAACGCUGCACAUGGUCAUACUGUUGCCGUUUUAUGAGCAAAUGGCUCAGCACCAGAAUUUUGCGUCUGGCGCCGUCAACAUCUGCUAAAUGACCAACGCCUAGCUGCUUGAAUACCCAGAGAAGAAAGACUUACUUUUUAUUUUUGCCCUUGUCUUGGUGAAGCGUUGGGUGUUUCGGCCCGGCCUUAAGCGAACUGUUGCACUUCAUGGGCCAAAAUAAUAUCAUUCUGUGACCUGAGCGGAGAAGGGCGCUCUAAAUAUCUCCGCCUGCUGUUCUUUUUUCUAGUUUAGUUGGUUGGUUUUGAAUUCCUACAGGUGAUUUAACUAACCAGGGCGCUGUCACCGGCUCCCUCCUCAGAAAAGUUUGUUGUUUAAAGACAGAUUUGUUAUUGGUAAUAAUAAAAAAAGU